AUGGAAGAAGGUAUCUCGUAUAACUUUACUCACACUAAAAUUUUAUUCCUUAGCAACUAUGAACUUAUUUUACGACAACAACCAAAACAAUCAAGAAUGUGUGGAAUAGGUGAAAAAGCUGAUCGUCGACCAAUAGACCCACCGCCAAUAAUUCAAUUAAAAGUCUAUGACUCGUGUCUUACCCAACCUGAGAAUAGUUCGUUUCUCCAGAAUCCCUAUUACUUCAUGUACGCUUCUUUGGUUGCUCCAGACACUGACGAAGAACUUCAUUUGCUUCGUGAUGGAAAGACUCGUUCUACAACAGGUUCUGUAGUCUCGUCAUUGUAUCAUUUAAAAGACACAGACAAUUCAGAUGCGGGUUUCUUUGUGUUUCCUGAUUUGUCCGUAAGAAUGGAAGGAACUUAUCGUCUGAAAUUAAGUUUGUUUGAAAUAAUCGGAUAUGAAAUAUAUCAUUGUAAGUCAAUCUUUUCAGAUGUGUUUAUAGUAUACUCAGCAAAGAGAUUCCCCGGAAUGGAAGAAUCUACCUUUUUGUCAAGAUCUUUUGCCGAUCAAGGGUUGAAAAUUCGAAUAAGGAAAGAAAUCAGAAUAAGAAGGUUAUUUGGUUAUCCUGGCUAUCAUAGGCAAAUUCCUUGGCACGAGAGACCUGAUUAUUUACAAGAUCCUCAUUAUCCUCCUUAUUAUGAUCCUUAUGAUAGGAGAUAUGCUUAUCAUCAUCCUUAUUAUUACCCACCACCACCUCCUCAUUUACCGGAUGCUUCUGACCAUCGUCAAGCAAUGCCUGGAUAUUAUGGCACUACUCCUGACACUAGAGUGUCUUCACGUUCUUCAACUGAAUCUUCUAGUACUCCUAGACCUUAUGCUUAUGAAUCCACCGGUCCUUAUCCUCCUCCUCCUCCACGUUGGUCACAUUACCAUGAGCAUCCAAAACCUAGAGAUAUUAAUUCUGAUUCUUCGGCAACGUCUUCUUAUCGUCCUUCCGCAACGGCCUCAUCACCUCCAUCUAAAACAGAUAAUAGAUCAACUGGCCAACCUGAUUCAAAUUCAACUGGCCAACAACCGUCAGCUAAAAUAGCAAUUCAAGAUUUGUCACAACCUCCAUCAUUACCACCACACCACCAUAUGUAUGCAACGCCACCAUCCACCUAUAGUCAUUAUUAUCCUCUUCCUCCUAUACCAAUUCGAGGGCAUGAAUAUCCUUUUAGACAUGAUAUGUAUGGUCAGCACUCUCGUCAUGAACAUAAUUAUCAACCACCACGUCAUGAUGCUCCAACAUCACAUACAUCAUUUCCAACUUCACCAGUUCGAGUUAGAUCAACGGUUUCGCUGCCACCAAUAAAUAUUGAUGAACGUUAUUCUUCUGUUGGAUCUCCCG